AUGAAGAUGCUGACAAGACUCCAAGUUCUUACCUUCACUUUUUUCUCAAAGGGAUUGCUACUCUCCUUAGGGGACCAUAACUUUAUGAGGAGGGAGAUUAAAAUAGAAGGUGACCUUGUUUUAGGGGGGCUGUUUCCCAUUAAUGAAAAGGGCACUGGAACUGAAGAAUGUGGGCGAAUCAAUGAAGACCGGGGAAUCCAACGCCUAGAAGCCAUGUUGUUUGCCAUUGACGAGAUCAACAAAGACAAUUACUUGCUGCCGGGGGUGAAGCUGGGUGUUCACAUUUUGGAUACGUGUUCCAGGGAUACCUAUGCAUUAGAGCAGUCGCUGGAGUUCGUCAGAGCAUCCUUGACGAAAGUGGACGAAGCUGAGUACAUGUGCCCUGACGGGUCCUAUGCCAUUCAAGAAAAUAUGCCACUGCUCAUUGCUGGGGUCAUCGGCGGCUCUUACAGCAGUGUUUCCAUCCAGGUGGCCAACCUGCUGCGCCUCUUCCAGAUCCCCCAGAUCAGCUACGCCUCCACCAGCGCCAAGCUCAGCGACAAGUCGCGCUACGAUUACUUCGCCCGGACGGUGCCCCCCGACUUCUACCAGGCCAAGGCCAUGGCCGAGAUCCUGCGCUUCUUCAACUGGACCUACGUGUCCACCGUGGCCUCGGAGGGCGACUACGGCGAGACGGGCAUCGAGGCGUUCGAGCAGGAGGCGCGCGUGCGCAACAUCUGCAUCGCCACGGCCGAGAAGGUGGGGCGCUCCAACAUCCGCAAGUCCUACGACAGCGUGGUGCGCGAGCUGCUGCUCAAGCCGAGCGCGCGCGUCGUGGUGCUCUUCAUGCGCAGCGACGACUCGCGCGAGCUCAUCGCCGCCGCCAGCCGCGCCAACGCCUCCUUCACCUGGGUGGCCAGCGACGGCUGGGGCGCGCAGGAGAGCAUCGUCAAGGGCAGUGAGCACGUGGCCGACGGCGCCAUCACGCUGGAGCUGGCCUCGCAGCCCGUGCGCCAGUUCGACCGCUACUUCCAGAGCCUCACGCCCUACAACAACCACCGCAACCCCUGGUUCCGGGACUUCUGGGAGCAGAAGUUCCAGUGCAGCCUGCAGAGCAAGCGCAGCCACAGGCGCACCUGCGACAAGCACCUGGCCAUCGACAGCAGCAACUACGAGCAGGAGUCCAAGAUCAUGUUCGUGGUGAACGCGGUGUACGCCAUGGCCCACGCGCUGCACAAGAUGCAGCGCACGCUGUGUCCCAACACCACCAAGCUGUGCGACGCCAUGAAGAUCCUGGACGGCAAGAAGCUGUACAAGGAUUACCUCCUGAAAAUCAACUUCACAGCUCCAUUCAACCCCAAUAAAGGCGUGGACAGCAUCGUCAAGUUCGACACUUUCGGAGACGGCAUGGGGCGGUACAACGUGUUCAACUUCCAGCACAUGGGUGGGAAAUAUUCCUACCUGAAGGUUGGUCACUGGGCAGAAACCUUAUCACUAGAUGUUGACUCCAUCCACUGGUCUCGGAACUCACUCCCCGUUUCCCAGUGCAGUGACCCCUGCGCCCCCAAUGAAAUGAAGAACAUGCAGCCAGGCGAUGUCUGCUGCUGGAUUUGCAUCCCCUGUGAGCCCUAUGAGUACCUGGCUGAUGAGUUCACCUGUAUGGAUUGUGGGCCCGGGCAGUGGCCCACUGCAGACCUAUCCGGAUGCUACAACCUUCCCGAGGACUACAUCAAGUGGGAAGAUGCCUGGGCCAUUGGCCCGGUCACCAUUGCCUGCCUGGGGUUUAUGUGCACAAGCAUAGUUGUAACCGUUUUUAUCAAGCACAACAAUACACCCUUGGUGAAAGCAUCAGGCCGGGAACUGUGCUACAUCUUGCUGUUUGGGGUCGGCCUGUCCUAUUGCAUGACGUUCUUCUUCAUUGCCAAGCCGUCCCCAGUCAUCUGUGCACUGCGCCGACUGGGGCUGGGCACCUCCUUCGCUAUCUGCUAUUCAGCCCUGCUGACCAAGACAAACUGCAUCGCCCGCAUCUUCGACGGGGUCAAGAAUGGCGCUCAGAGGCCCAAGUUCAUCAGCCCCGGUUCUCAGGUGUUCAUCUGUCUCGGUCUGAUACUGGUGCAGAUCGUGGUCGUGUCCGUGUGGCUCAUCCUGGAGACUCCAGGCACCAGGAGGCACACGCUUCCAGAAAAGCGCGAAACGGUCAUCUUGAAAUGCAACGUCAGAGACUCCAGCAUGCUGAUCUCUCUCACCUACGAUGUGAUCCUGGUGAUCCUAUGCACUGUGUAUGCCUUCAAAACGCGGAAGUGCCCAGAAAAUUUCAACGAAGCCAAGUUCAUAGGUUUUACCAUGUACACCACAUGCAUCAUCUGGUUGGCCUUCCUCCCUAUAUUUUAUGUGACAUCAAGUGAUUACAGAGUGCAGACGACAACCAUGUGCAUCUCCGUCAGCCUGAGUGGCUUCGUGGUCUUGGGCUGUUUGUUUGCACCCAAGGUGCACAUUAUCCUGUUCCAGCCCCAGAAGAAUGUGGUCACACACAGACUGCAUCUCAACAGGUUCAGUGUCAGUGGAACUGGGACCACAUAUUCUCAGUCCCCUGCGAGCACAUACGUGCCAACCGUGUGCAAUGGGCGGGAAGUCCUCGACUCCACCACCUCAUCCCUGUGA